GUAUUGAAAAAUAAAAUGGAAGAUAUACCGGUUUAUCUGAAUGAUACCGCGCAAUGUUUUAAUUGUGUGACAAGUAAACGUUGUGUUUAUUGUUGUGCAAAUUGAGAAUCCUUAGCCUAAAGCUAUUAAUAAAUUAAAGAAGUUUUAUAAAUAGCAAAGAAUUUAAGUGUACCAUGGCUGACGAGGCAGAACAGGUACCAGCAAUAAAUGUUAAAGAACCAUUAGAUCUCAUAAGAUUAAGUCUUGAUGAAAGAAUAUAUGUUAAAAUGAGAAAUGAACGUGAAUUACGCGGCAGAUUGCAUGCGUAUGAUCAGCAUUUGAAUAUGGUAUUAGGAGAAGCUGAAGAAACUGUAACUACGGUAGAAAUAGACGAAGAAACUUAUGAAGAAGUUUAUCGUACUACCAAAAGAAAUAUUUCCAUGCUCUUUGUUCGGGGUGAUGGAGUGAUUUUGGUCUCUCCACCUAGUAUGAGAGCACCAAUAUAAGAUUUAUAUUUAUAUUUAACAAAUUUAAAAAUUAAAAACAAGAAAAUAGAACUUUUCUAUAUUAAAAUAUUGUUACAUUUUGUAUUGAUAAUACUUGACAAAUGUGAUAUGAAACUCAGCAAGACAAAAAACUCAAUUCUGAUAGAUACAAAAAAAUGCAAUAUGUAUGAGUACAUGAAUUUAAUUCUGGUAAAU